CUUCUGCCGCCGACGAUGGGGAAGGCCUAUUCGCCGGAGCAGCGCGAGCAGGUGCGCCAGCUUCUCGAGUCCGGUCGCGACGAGGAGUCGAUCGAGAAAGAGACUGGCGUCAGCGACCGCACCAUUCGGCGAUGGAAGCUGGAGCUCGAGCGGACGGGCAGAAUAGGCAAACCCCCGGAGUCGCGCACCGGCAGACAUCGAGUACUGUCGGCCGAGAUCGAGCAGGCUCUCGUCGACCAUGUGAAACAGAACCCCGAGCUCUCGGUGGAUGAUAUGCUAUGGUGGUUGUACGAUAAGCACAAGAUUGUGGUGGGGACGAGGACCAUCCGGCGCGUCUUCGAGCGCAAGGGCGACAAGGUGAAGAUCAAAGGCAGCAAGAAGAAGGGUGAUGCGAAUGACGACGACGAGGAAGACGACGGAGAUGGUGAGGGCCCGACGACUUCCAACAACAACGCGAAUACCAUGUCGCCCAUGCACCCCAACGGACAUUACCAGAGCCCAUACGCGCCCAUGGUGCCGCAGAACGCAGAGCAGCAGCUCGCUCAGGCUUUGCAACAGCAAACUCAACAGCAGACGCCGGUCCAGCGGCAAUCCUCGUUCAGCGCGCCCAUGGCCGGCAACAAUAACGACGACGUAGAGGACGAUGAAGAAACGCUGCAGCUUCAACUUCAGCAGAUCGAGCUCCAGAAGCGCGAGCUCGAGGUAAAGCUGAAGCUGCGACGUAUACAAAGUGGUAAGAACACUCCUGCGUCCGCUGCUCGCAAAGGCAGCACGCCGAACUCUGGCACGAGUUCGUUGUACAAUCCUAAUCUCGUGGUACCCACACCUCCGAAGCGCGAUUCGCGAAGCAAGAAGAAGAUUGAGGAGUCAAAGCGUCGCACUGCGGAGCGGCAGGAGCGCAUGCUUCGGGACUUGGAGCGACGAUCGCGUCGGCGCGAUCAUCUCACGGCGGAAUGGGUAUCAUCGAAGGAUAUUUGGCCACUUCGGGCUCAAGGUCUUCUCGCCGAUCUCAUGCACCAAUAUGGAUGCUACGCCUUUGCGCAGAAUCAAGUCGAUGUCUUCGAGUCCAUGUAUCGGGAGCUCUACAAGCUGGUCGACCUCAGCAAAGGAGACUGGUUGCCUCAGCUCCACGACGAUAUGCUGCGGGAGAGGAUGAAGCGCAAGAUGGGACAAUUGCGGACCAAGAUGCAGAAGACGGGUGAGAUCAUAUCCCGUGCAGAUGGCUAUGGAGGUUUCACGAAGAGCGACAGCUACACUGGCGAGCAAGCUGGCGCCGCCGAGGGCGAUGAAUCGGAGUUCCUUGGAGAUGCUACCGACUUUGGUCAGCAAGCCCAAUCGGAGCAAAAAUACGUUGAUGGAUAUCAGGCGGCUGAUCAGAACAACGGAUUUGGUGCACAUCAGCAGACGGUGCAGCAAAGUUUCGAUCCCCAACAGGUGCAGCAGCAGGGAGGCGCGGUACCGGAGGCACAGAUGCAGGACCAGAUUCAGUAUGAGCCGGUGCAAGACCAUGGAAUGCAGCACAUUUCAUACACUCACAACAUGAUGGGCAACCAGGGUCCACAGUAUCCCGGCAUGCACAUGGAGGGAAUGAUGCCUUACGGCAACAUCAAUGGCGGUAUGGGGAUGUAGACUGAGCAUUGCCGCAGGAGGCUGCUGCUCCGGAACGCCGCGACGUACAAAAGCCAACGGAGUCGCUACGAGUUUUGAUCAAUUUCUGGAAUGCGAGCGGGCGCUAUUGGAGGGCGAUGGAGUUGAGGUUACGGACUCGGUGUUUUAUGACCGCGCACUGCUUGCGAAUGAUACCACUGUAGCUUGUGGGGAGGGAGGGAGAUUUCUGGAGUCAAAAGCAUUAUUUCGCGAGCAGAAAUCAGAAUGGAGCGCAUUGCUGUGUCUUGUCUCA